AUGUCGCAAAUCAACUACCGCACCAUCAACAUCGACCAGCUCGACCCGGAGUCGUCGGUCAACUUCCCCAUGGAAACCCUCCUCCCAGCUACGCUGCCUCAACCCGAGACCUCCAGCGAUGCCGCCAACGUCGCAUCCCAGGUGCGCCAGCUGCUGCGCGGCGGUGACGCCGAAGGCGCACUCCGACACGCUCUCGACACAGCGCCGCUGGGCGGCGACGACCGCGCCAAGGAGGUGCAUCUCGCUACUGUGAUUGAGGUGCUCCAGGGAAUUCGGCAGGGCGAGAUGACCCGCGUCCUGGAGGGUGUCUGUGGCUCAGAUGGCGGGGCAGAGCGGGCAGACUGUUUGAUGAAGUAUAUUUACAAGGGAAUGUCCUCGUUUGGCCCCAGCAACGGUGCCCGGUCCCCCGCCAAGUCGGUCUCCCCGCAGAGCACAGGCGGCUUCUCGCAGAUCCAGGGCCGCAACUUGGGUGAAGGCGGCGGUGGUCAGCAGAUGAGCGUCCUGCUUAACUGGCACGAGAAGCUGGUGGAAUUGACAGGAACUGGAUCGAUUGUGCGUGUCAUGACGGACCGCCGGACGGUUUAA